AUGAAUAUCAGCAUGGGUGCUAAAAAUAAGAAGCGAGUGGUGCUUCCUAGUCGACCAGAUCCGCCCACUGUGGAUCAAAUUCUUGAGGACAUCAACAGAGCCUUUCAGAAUGAUCCAGUCUUCAGGGUCUUGGAGGAUGCCAACCAAGGUAUGCACUAUGCACAUUUAGCUACUGUACAUCAGUCAAAUAGACGACACGUAGUCUAUUAAUUGACAUUGGUAACCUGCCUAUUACUAAGUGAAUUCAAGCAGACACCCUUCACUUUAUUUCACAUGUAAUGUUAUGAGGGAGAGCAUACAAUUUUGAGCUUUUAGCAAAUGGUCUACUUGAUUUUUAGGAAACCUAUUGAACUAAACAGGAUUUCCCCCUUCCACAGAUGCCAAGAGGGGGUCAUCAGACAAUGACGUGGAGACAAAGUACCUUCAGAGCUGCAGGUACUUGGAGAUGAACGAGCGGCUUCAAGAGGUCAGAGGUGAUCUUGUGCAACGGAGGGAGGAACUCCGGACAGCCGGAGAGCAGUUGGGGAUCAGUGUGGCCGAGGUCAAAGGAAAAGCCCUCUAA